UCGGCACGGUGCGCUCUCCUCGCCACACGGCACCGGGCGGGGGAGAGACACAGCACGGCGCACCGACGUCGGAUGUAGCACGGCGGCGACGCAGUAGACACACCAGGGAAAGACGGGGGAGAGAGAGACAGGGAGACAGACAGACGAGAGAGAGAGACGCUGACGAGAGGGCUCGAGAAGGCGCUGGACGGACGGGCAAGCACGGACGGAGAGCGAUGCACGUAGAGACGUGCGGACUGACUGUGGAGUGAGACGGCGUUUGACGCUGCAGAGAGAGACUGAUUUAGAGAGGCGCUGGCGCACAUGGACGAGCAGAGAGGCGAGAGAGACAGGUUGUAGGGGGGGGGGGGUGAACUGACCAAAACGAGAUUACACAAUUGAUCAUUAAUACCCGCAUGAGUGACCAGACAGAGAUAUCGAUUAGGACACAGAUGCAGAAAUGUACAGGUGGGCAUCCGUAUAACAAACAAGACGACUCUUAAUACGCAGCGGGAAAUCGGGAGCGUUGUAUUGACGGACACGUCGUUAACAAGCAGAGAGAGAGAGACGCAUCGAUGCGGCGACAGUGAGAGAUAUGUGCACCGGAUGCCCGAAAUAGAUGAAGGGAGACGGUGAUGAGAAAGUGAACCGAAUAAAUGAGGGCAUUGCGUGUGUUACCGGGACAAUGAGAGGAGCACUCCGAGCAGGUGAGGCAGGUGUGCGUGGAAUACAACAGCAGAUGCGUCGCCCCAGGGAGUCAGACAUGCACAUCGACCGACAGUAAAGUGGGAAAGGGAGAGAUUCCUACAAAGACACACACCCCCUCGCCCCCCCCCCCCCGUCUAAGCCUAAGCAGACUCUCGGGACAAACAAGUGUGUAGUUGGCACGUGCAUAUUAAGGCCAAAGACUUAGACAACACGUACAGCACGUCGCAGAGAGCCAGGCUGAGUGGGAAGAACACAUUUGCAUAGUUUGAGACGCACGCACGCACGCACACGGAGAGGCAGACACGUGGGGCAAGCGUGCACGAUGGAGAGACGCGCGCGCGGACAAGGAUGUCGGCUGCCCUGCGGUGCCGCUGGUCGUGAUGCCGGAUCAGACUCCCUCUGAAAACGCGAUCCCGAGUCCUCUGCUCCUCGCUGGAGGCCGCCCGAUCCCCGUAGAACAUCUUACCCCCCUCCCCCCACCACCUCCACCGUCCAUCACGGCCACCCACACCACUCCGACGCCAUGGAGGUCAGCAAGUCGGCCGGCGCAUCACCGGCCAAGAACUUCAAACUGUGGAACCUGAAUCGCAAGGGAACCUCGUCGCGGUCCUCCCCAAAGUCGCCGGGCGCCCCACCGGACCCGGCCGAGAUCGCUCGCUCCAAGGCGGCCGCGCGUCGCGUGCGCCUCAACGUGGGCGGCCUCGUCCACGAGGUCCUGUGGCGCACGCUAGAGAGGCUGCCGCGUACCCGGCUGGGCCGCCUCCACGCAACCAACACCCACGGCGCCCUCUCGGAGCUGUGCGACGACUACAGCAUCACCGACAACGAAUACUUCUUCGAUCGGCACCCAGGCGCCUUUGCGUCGGUGCUCAACUUCUACCGUACGGGCCGCCUGCACAUGAGCGAGGAGAUGUGCGCGCUCUCCUUCGGCCAGGAGCUCGACUACUGGGGUGUGGACGAGAUCUACCUGGAGACAUGCUGCCAGGCGCGCUACCACCAGAAGAAGGAGCAGAUGAGCGAGGAGCUGCGGCGCGAGGCGGAGAACGCCCGGGAGCGCGAGGGCGACGAGUUCGAGGGCACGUGCUGCGCCGACAAGAGGCGUAAGCUCUGGGAGCUGCUCGAAAACCCAAACUCCUCGCUCGCAGCCAAGGGGAUGGCCAUUGUGUCCAUCCUGUUUAUCGUGCUCUCCACCAUUGCGCUGUCUCUCAACACGCUGCCCGAUCUGCAGCACAAGGACGAGUUCUCGCACAUCGUCGACAACCCGAAGUUGGCACAGGUGGAGGCUGUGUGCAUCGCCUGGUUCACCAUGGAGUACCUGCUGCGCUUCAUGUCGGCGCCCAACAAGUGGAAGUUCUUCAAAGGCGCCCUCAACGUCAUCGACCUCAUGGCCAUCUUGCCAUACUACAUCACCAUCUUCCUCACCGAAUCGAGCCGUGGUGUCUCGCAGUUCCAGAACGUGCGGCGCGUCGUGCAGAUCUUCCGCAUCAUGCGCAUUUUGAGGAUCCUCAAGCUGGCUCGUCACUCCACGGGCCUGCAGUCGCUGGGCUUCACGCUCAGGAGGAGCUAUAACGAGCUAGGCCUCCUCAUCCUCUUCCUCGCCAUGGGGAUCAUGAUCUUCUCCAGCCUCGUCUUCUUCGCCGAGAAGGACGAGCCGGAUACCAAGUUCCAUAGCAUCCCGGCGUCCUUUUGGUGGGCGACCAUCACCAUGACCACUGUGGGCUAUGGCGACAUCUACCCAAUGACAUUACUGGGCAAAAUCAUCGGCGGGCUGUGCUGCAUUGCGGGCGUGCUCGUUAUUGCGCUGCCCAUCCCUAUUAUUGUGAACAACUUCAGCGAGUUCUACAAGGAGCAGAAGCGGCAGGAGAAGGCGGUGAAGCGGCGUGAGGCACUCGAGAGGGCCAAGCGCAACGGCAGCAUCGUCUCGAUGAACACCAAGGAGGCCUUUGUGAGAAACGCCGAGCUGGAGACGGUGGUCGUUGUGGAGAAGGACACCAAGAACCUCGGCUGCAAGGAGAGAGUGAGCGUCGACGAGCUGAACCACUUCUCUCCGAGCCGGUGGAAGACCUCCAAGGGUGUGGCUUCGGACGUCGCGUCGUCCAAAGCAGAGGUCUCCAGAUCUCCGCACCACCUGGACGUGCAGAAGCUGGUGAGCUUGUACAAGGAGAUGUCGUCCAAGGAUUCGCCUGACCAUGAAGCGCAGACGCUGGAGGAUAAACCGCAAGAGAUGCAACCAUUGGUCGGGCGCUCAAGAAAUAAGCCACUCGUGCUAGAUCCAGGGAGACUGGAAGCAUUUAAUGCCUCUCCACCUACAACCGGUGAGGUCAAUGAAGGCUUUGGGCCAGACAGAGUAGAUGUGCCAAAUAUUGCGGCGAACUGCGAUGGAGUGAGAGUUAGGCACGAUGAAGGGAACAGCGACGGGCAUCGUCUCUCGUGUGGCGACAAUGAAGAGGCGAAAAGUAAAGAAGCGAACGGAGACAAGUGGGGCAGUUCGGAGAAGUUCUCUGCAGACAGACUCGUGGUUGGCGCAGAUGUGGCCAAGCCACGAAUGACCGAGUUUACAAAGAGAGAGGGGCGGAGGGGGGCUGCACUAAGGCCUGCAAGUUACCCGCAGGGUCAGGUGGCACAAGAGGUAUUCUCGUGCGAUGGCAGGCACCAGCGGAGCAGCUGGGCAGAGUGUCAGGAUUUUGGAAAGGUGAACUUUGCCGAACACGGCUUGCCGUCGGUGAAAUUGAGCAGGCAAGAUUCAGACGGUGUCUCGAGCUUUAGGGCAGCAGAGAGGGUGACCGAUGGUGCCGGCUUAUCUGGGAAGCCCACAGACGCAAGCCCUUCAGGUGAAUUAAAAAGUUCCUGUGUAGAAUUUCAAGAAUGCCGACUUUCAACAAAAUGGUUGCCAAGAUUUGCAAGAGGCGGCCGACAUAAGUGCUACUUCUAGAUUUGCGUAGGCUUUUUGUUUAGUUGUUCAGUAAAUUCCAGUUAUGCUAAAAAAAAUAACCUCCACGGCUUGCAAAGAAAGCACCCUUAGUUCCAAGAGGAUGGUUUAUAGACCAAGUAGGUACAAGUUGAAUGUUCACUUUAUGAGAAUCCGUGCAGAGCUUGCACAGUGGUACCGAUUGUAUACGAACACUGAAUUAAACGUGUUUAUAUUUAUAGCAAUCGCAUGGUGUCAUGCUUGCAUCUGGAAGUUUCUAAACAAAAUCUCACCUAUAAGUAUGCAUUGUGAGAGUUAUAAUGUCAAGCUGACUUCUGGACAAUUUGUUUACACUUGCAAGAAUAAUGAAAUAAUGCACGACCUUCGGGUGUACACUGCCCAAAAAGACAUUCCUUUACUAUAUACAGUACAGUAUAUACAUAUAUAUCAAAAUAAUAAUAAUGAGUGAAAAUAGGAUGGAGAGGACCUGCUUGGUUAACAAAAAAUAAUGAGGUAAUGAUUGUAUUGCAUUCUAUGUGUCCCCUGGUUGUAAUUAGGCCAUGAGCCAUGGGGAUUUGUCAGUACCACUAGGGUGGCAAAUGCUGUCAGUAUCCAUGGGCAGAAAGCUUAGCGCGUAUACUCUCUGUUUUAUAAACACUCUUCCUAUUUAUUUUCAUAUUCAGUGAAUGUUUCCUGUCACGUCCCCCCACGCCCAAAAGUAUAUUCUCUAUCAAAUAUACAAUGGGGUACCCUUCUUUAACGGCAUUAUGCUAUCAUUAAAUAUUUGUUAUCUAUAAGUAAAAUCGUUCAAGGAAAACAUCGUUUGCAUUUGCCACUCUGGGUGGGACCGUUAAGAACAAUUUUGGGCCAUUGGCCGAGGGACUGAAUGAGCAAUGGGGCACUUAUUAAAUGUGUUUAAAGUUCAAGUUUGAUCUACUGACACUCGUAUGAGAUAAACAAAAAAAAAAACGGAUGAAUGAAAUACAUCUAGCAUUAAAUUGUUUCAGAUGGCUUAAUCUGUUUAAACACAAGGUGGGAAAUGCAUUGACAAGAUCAAUUCGGUUUACACCACCACAAUGCAAAUGGCCUGGAGGCCCACAAUAGAAUUGGGUACUUACAAAGAUAAUCAAGCAUGGCAUUAGCAAGCAGCCGCCGGCCAGCCUCGCAAAAUCAAUAGCGUUUUCACCAGGCUCGUAGGCCAAAUACCUAUUUGGCAUUGAGGUAAUUCUCACAGCAACUUCGAGGCAGGUUUUAUGACGGUUGCCACCUGCCCUGGUUUUCACAGGAUCGUCCUCUCGUUGAGGUAGCUGCUUCCCAUUGAUGUAUGUCAGUCUUCCUAGGACGAUACGAGUCCCGUUUUUUGUUAGUUGCAUUAAUAAUAUUAGCAAGAAUAAACUGCUCAAGACAAUGCAUUUACAUGUAGUUAUCCCCUGUCCCGGUAUUGUCCUAUUAUCAUUCUUUUUUCUUCUUCCCAUUAUCUUCUGGGUUUGUUUUUGUACCUCAGGUGAUAUCCCUAAGUUUGACCUUGCCAUGGCUCCUCAGCACGUGAUGAGUUUUGUCUUGUUGCCACGGUGUGUACGUUCUUGUAUAAUCUUCAUUUGACAGCCGCAGGCUCGCUUAACUCUGAUGAUUGAUGGUCACAUUGUCUUCUGGUGUUCGUUCCGAGUUCUCAAUUACUUGCGCAACAAAAUAUAUAAAUAUUUAUUCAGUCCCUUGUCAAUCAAAUGGUAAAUGAAGACCUCCCUACAAUGUGUCGUUCAGUGUGAGUCGGUGAAGGUGGAGAAGCCCAACACUUCUUCAGGUAUCACUUCGCCACUGAUGUUAGCCAUGACUGUAAAUCGAACUCGGGUAUCUGGUUUCAUGGAGCAGCGUAAUAAUCACUGCUCCUUCACCUUAAUUAACGUUUCAUCUGAAUUCAUCCCUUAUCCUUCAUUAUUUUCAUCUGUUCGGCAGUUGAGAGAUGUCGAGUUAUCCAUAAUAUCUGCUGUCAGACUGCAGUGCAGUAAAAUCUAUUGUACUCUAUUAAAGUUUCCAUGUCUAUGCUUUCCGUCAUCAUCAACCCAUGUUGACCAGCAUGGUGAGGUAUGGUGAACCAACGAUCACGAGCAUCCAGCAGUGGGCUGACAAAGCGAGCCGUACGUGUUUUAAAAACAAAAAAUCUAGAUUGUGAACUAAUUUCUUUAGAACGGCUUUUUCUGUUUGGUUUGUUGUCCUUCUCCCGCACCUCCAAUAAGCACGGUGUGUGAAAUAAGUUCAACAUUCGCAUACAUACGUGUACACAAAACCCCGACCGGAGUUGUCAAAUCUCCACUUUGCAAUCCGAGUCUUGCUAUUAUACAGACGGCCAACAGGAGGCAUCAAUGCCUUAUGGCCCAGUGGAAAUUGUUCAUGAUGACGAAGGCCAAUUGUGGGAUGCAGACCAUGCGCCAAAAGGGGCACAACAUUGAGCACAUGCGGAAGAAGGGUCAAAGGCCACACAUAGAUCGUGAGAUAUUGACGCUUAAAGAUGAACGCGAGAAAUAUUUGUUUUUAAUCAUUAGUUUUCGUGGCUGUGAAUAUUGACGAUAAACAAAAAAAAAUAUGUGAAAUAGACCGCUCUUAAAAUAAAAUUGUUGCAGCAAAAAUGUUCAGCUGCAACAAAUAUCGAGCCGUGGGUCUCAAUCUCAACUGAAAUAAGAAGGAUGACCUUGCGAGGACACUUUCUUUGCUGGCAUUAGCCAUCUUACGUGUGGUAUACACGAGACCUCCGCCUAUCGGCAUCAUUAGCCACGAUUAAUCCACUGCUGAAUGAAAGACCCGCCCAUCUGUUGUCAUAGCUCACUAUCUUGCGAUGUAUAACGCUCCAUUUAGCACAGUGGUUCUCAACCUCCUUAUUUUGGCAGCCCCCCCCCCCAAUCAAUACUAUUCGUUUUCGUGCCCCCGUCAUCUGCCGCCCCCCCCCUCCCCAGGUAGGCCAUCUACAGAGAGAGGUCACAUGUCCACGCAUAGUCAAAGCGGUGUUCGUGAGGACAUUUGUUUCGCGUUGUGUCAUGUUUUGUCGCUGCAACGUGGCACUGACGUUCCCCGUGCAACGUAAACUUAUCCUGCACAGUACCCAUGGCUCAGCCUGCACAGCCCUGAAAGGCUGAAAGACUGACGGGGUGAGAACCGCUGAUCUGGAAUGGGUAACACGAGCGGAUAAAAAAAAAAUCUCCGAUGCAUUUUUCGGGUUGUGCCCUGUGUUGUUCGAACCGAUGUCCGACGUUUCGCUACCACGUGCUGGGGGCUUCUUGACAACGGCAAAAAACAAUUCAGGAGCUGAUAUUUGUUUGGUCUACAAAACUUGUCUUUGUCAUCAUACGCUAACGUUCACAUUUUCGUCAGCCACUGAUGCUUGAGACCUUAGGGUACAGUAGAGAAGCGUGUUUUAAGAAUAUGAUAUACUUACAUCGGGUUCCUGCUGCAAACUAUGCAGAGAGGUACAUUUACAAACGUUGCAACAGCUGACGUUAUAUCCAGCUGUACCAUCGGUUUAAAAGGGAAACCUACAUCGUGAAAAAAAUCUACUGAGUUUGAGGGAACCCCCUUGUGAAUGUGUGUGUGUCUAGUCAUUCACAGUCCACUGCUGAGUGAAGAUCUCUUCAUAUACCGUCCCCGUCAUUGGGGUUGUUUGACCAUACUUCACCACGCUGGUCAGUGCGGAUUGAAUAAGGAAAAGGUUGGGGGGGAGGUUUAGCCCGAGACUAGUUGAGACAUCGCUCGCCACAGAUGUUUUGCCACGGUCGUAAAAUUGAACUCGGGUCGCCGGGUUCAUCGCGCGGUCUGUGACCGCUUCUUGAUAUGAAAAAAUGAAGAUCAGUGGAUUUCCUGCAGCCCAGGCGGUGCUCAUCAACUGUUUACAGAGCCAGUGGUGGAAAUUCCACAUUCCGAUGACGGGGUGGGGGGAGUAGAGUGUCUAAAGCAGUGGUCCUUAACCUGGGGUGCAUGCACCCGCUGGGGGUGCGAGAUGCCCUUUCUGAGAACCAAAACGGUGCAGGCUGCACUCAAGGUUAAGAAUCACUAGAGGGACAACUCCUUUUGACUUCCCCACUAAGUGGUGGUACUAAUUUUAUCGACCUCGAAGGGAUGACAUGUGGACGCCCUAACUCGGAUUUGAACUUGCAACCUUCCAAUUGCAAUCCCUUUGGUCUACCGCUGAGCCAUCUGGCUGGAUAUUGAUUAAAAAAAAAAUAUUGAAAAUUGUUUUCCUUCCCGUCUCCAUCUCGGUUGCUAGAGAAAGGUUUCCGCGGUAAUGUUUUGUAGGUUUAUGUGAUUGAAAUUGUGUUUAAUGAAAUCAUAAGAGACACGCUUUGCAUAAAUAUAUGUACCAUAUGUAUGAAUUGUCUGUGCCCUAUAAAAAAAAUGUGUG